AUGGCUACCCUAAUUAUCAAGGACACGGAGUUUACCACCGCGGUGCCCUGCAUCACUGUUGACGGCAUCAGUCAUGACAACCACCUUAAAUGUGCGUUGUCCAGCUACAACAAUAUUGCUUUCCUGCCUCGCAGGGUCGUCGACGGCCAGCAGCCCGAAAUCCACAACGCCAUGAUCAAGUCUGCGGACAUGAUCGUCAAUCUCCAAAAGUGGUUGGGCGAGAUCGAGGAUUGCCACAAGGCUGAGGCUAUGGAGCCACUUCUUAGAACUAUCCGCGACUGGAUCUGCAUCGCCGACGUCGAUCUCUCCCUGCACAACCUCCAGCAGCUCGUGUUCGAAGACUUUGACCACUGGUCUCAUUACGAGUCCUGCCUGACCCACCACGAGAACCUCGACACGGACGAGCCCUCUGACCCCAAGUUCAACUACACAGGUUUCGGCCCUCUCAACCGGGACUUUGAGUGGGACGCCAAGACCAAGACAAUCAGCUGGCGUAACAACCGCACCCGACAGAUCCAGAAGUUUCGUGUCCCCCAGAUUGUUGAGGCCAAGAAGAUCUGGGCUGGCGUCAGCACACCCGAAUUCCACCAUCGGUGGGCCGAGGAGCGCCACGCCCACGAGCGAUAUCAUCAGCUAUCUGGAACGGCGUGUGAAGCUUGGGUCGAUGGUCCCCAGAAAUUUCACCAAACCAGCAACACGGCCAAUGAGCGUACCUUGACCCUGUACGCCCACCUGGCCAAGAAAAGAUGUUGCUCAAAAUGCUCCAGGAAAGGGUUCGGGUGCACCACCUGCCACAGCAGCACCUGCUCAAAGAAUAGAAUCACCAAGUCUAUCAUGAAGACAAGGUCCAGAAACCUCACCAUCCGCACCAAGGUCACGGUGUCUGGUGAUCUCACCCAGAAGAAGGUUUGGAGUCUCCGAGAAAAGAAGAAGUUGUGGGAUGCCGUUCAGGCCCAUGUUGAUAAAGUGGCCACUGAUCUCAACAUUUCAGCUGAUCGUGCUACCAUGGUCGACAACAUCUUCAUCAGGAGCAGCUUUGACCGGGUGGAAGGCCACCAGCUAAACAAGGAGGAGAGAGAUGCCUUCUUCCAUGCCCAUCGCGUCGGUCUCUGCUACGAGACUAACUCUAGUCUCCGAGACCCCUAUGAGAGCAUCAUGAGGAAGUAG